CGCCGCACAAUCACCCAAACCGACAGAAACCACCUCAUCCCCCCAGAAGACAAACUCUUGGUCUUCCGCGCCCUCACGGGCAUCGACACCGUCCCCGCCCUUACUAUCCCGCACCACUCCGACCGCCAUGCCCCCAACGUGGGUAUCUACGAGCGCGUCGUGCGCGCUGAGCAAUCUGCAGACUCUCGGUAUCGGUUUUUCAGCAUUCUUAUCAAUGUCUGUUUGGGUAUACAGGUCGUUGCUGCAGCCGCGAUCACGGCACUGGGUGCCGCCAGCGGGCCACAUUCCGCUGUUACAGCGUUCGGGGCUUUGAAUACCAUCAUGGCUGGUAUUCUCACAUACCUAAAGGGCUCGGGCUUACCCGAUCGACUUAAACACUACCAAAAUGAAUGGCGGAAUAUUCGGGAAUACAUUGAGCAGCGUGAACGAGAACUUUGUCUAGUCGGUAGUGAACUAGACGUACAAGAAGAGAUCCAAAUCGUGGAACGAAUGUACGAGGGCGUGAAGCGCGAGAUCGAAGCGACGAAGAGCGGGGAGAGUAGGACGCCGGCGGAGUAUACCAGACGGUCUUUCUUGCCGCAGAGGCAUCACCAUCAGGAGCAGCAUCCU